AUGAAGCACAACAAGAAACAACGCACUGAGACUGCAGAAGAACAGAUAUUGCAUCAGCGCAAACGUCAAACGCAGGAGCAGCAGCCGCAGCCGCAGCCGCAGCAGCCGCAGCAGUACCAGCAGCCGCUGCCGCAGCCGCCCCCGCAGCAGCAGCAACAGCAGCAACAGCAGCAACAGCAGCAGCAGCAGCAGCAGCAGCAGCAGCAGCAGCAGCAGCAGCAGCAGCAGGAGGACUUCAUGCCAGAUAUCGCAACAGCUGGGGCGCAGCUGCGCGCCUCGCUCGCGUCCGCCGCGUCAAGGGCAAAAGCCAGAAUUGACCUGCUCGGGCUCAAGCAAUCAAAGCCCAAGUUCCACAAGUACGUGGGCGGCUUCUCGUCGGCGGCGCCAGAGGGGCGGCAGGCAGAGCAGCCGGAGCGGGGCCGAGGCUUCAGCGGCGCACGCCGCUUUGCCGACAAGGGGCCGGAGCUGCUGCAAUAUGUGCAGAAGGUCGCAGCGGCCAGCAACCGGCGCUGGACAGACGCCAGCUGCUGCGUCGAGGCCGUUGUUCGGCGCUUUUUAGCGGUGAACAUCAACCUGCGCAAGCUGCAGCGUGCCGGCACCAGCGCGCAGCCCAAGCGCGCGGUCGACGCAGUGCGGCAUGUUGCGGACUUUGGGCAAGAGGGGCUGGCGGCGGCAGUAGGCAAGGGGCCCGACGGGCAGCCGGCCGUCUGCCUGACAGUGUGCAGCGGCGCGCCAGAUACCUGGCUGACGUCAUCCAGCGACGCGCAGCUGCUCGGCUACCUCUGCUGCGUCAGAGCGGAGGACGGCCAGGGAGGCGUCUUCUUUGGAGUUGCGCUGCUCGACGUUGAGGACGAGUGCGCGCAGGCGGCCCAGGCGGCGGCCUUUCAUGCGCUGGCCGUUGCCAACCCCGAAGAGGCGCAGCAAGCAGGCUGGGCGCCGCAGGGUCGCGCUGCGCAGUCGGCAAGCGCCGGCUACCGCGGCGGCGGCGGCGCGCACUGCACAUCCACCACACCAGCAAUGGCAGAGCCGACCGCGGCCGCAGCGGACGAUGGUCGUGCGCAGGACCUGGUGCCUGCACUGCUCGCGCCAGCAGGGGUGCCGGUCGCCCCUGAGGCCGAAUGGGCAGCAGGCGGCGCGGCCGGCGAGCACCACGGACAUGACCAGCCGCAAGUGGGGGUGGUGCCUCCCCAGCUGCCACGGCAGCCGCGUCGUCGGCGGGUGCUGGUCUUGAGAGACAGCGACGAGGAAGAGGAGGUCGCGCCGCAGCUGGCGCCCAUGAGCCCGAAAAGCGCGGUGGUACCGGCUGCACCGCCAGCGCCAACACGGCGGCAGCAGCAGCAGCAGCAGCACCAGCAGCAGCACCAGCAGCAGCACCAGCAGCAGCACCAGCACCAGCACCACCAGCAGCAGCAGCACCAGCACCAGCACCACCAGCAGCGGCGAUGGAUGUGGGGCAGGGAGGAAGGGGAGGAGGAGGAGGAGGGAGAGGAGGCAGGGGAGGCAGUAGAGGAGGAGGGUACAAUCUCUACACAGCUGGCCGUGGCACAAAGGCAUGAGAGGCAGCGGCGCGAGAGGCCUGCCGCCAGCUUCGACGAGGGGAGUGCAGAGGACACCGCGGAUGAAGAUGAGGAAGGCUGCGGCGGCGGCUAUGACGGAUAUGGGCAUCGCGGCCGCAUGGAUACCGGCCGCGCCUGCAGGGGCGGGCCUGGCAGCGAUUAUGGCUGGGACAGCGAUGGGUAUGGCGGCGAUGAUGGUGAUGGCUACAGCCGCGUGCGCUACAGCGGCUCUGGAGCCAGGCAUCAGGGCUUCCACGGUCGCGGCGGCGGCGAGGUUGGUGGCCGCGGCCAGGGCAGCCCAGGUUCAGGCGCCGGUGGCCCCCGCAGCUCACGCUCACGGCACCGCCAGUCCCAGUGUGCGCGCGAGAGUGAUGUGCGCGACUGCAGGCUCGGGCCCUUUGAGAGGCAGACACUUUGCACCGUCGGCAAGCCCACGGCAGCGCCAAGGAGCGUCGCAGCGCCCAGGGCGCCGCCGCCGAGGCUGCAGGCCAGGCAACAGCAGGCGCCACGGCAGCGGCGGCAGCCGGAUGGCGGGGGGGAGAUAGAGAUGAUGGACGCCAGUACUGCAACGAUGGACACAGCGCCGCUCUCAUACGGGCAGCAGAUCGCUGCAGCGGCGUCAGAAGCGGCCAAGGCGGCGGCCGCUGCAGUGGCGGCAGCUGCGGCGGCCGCUGCAGGAGCGGAUGCGGUCGCACCUGGCCCCGCCCGCGAUCUGCAGCUUGGCGACGGUGCGGAGCCUGUGUCUGGUGCGAUCCCCCAUGGUGGCGUCAGCGGUGGUGCCAGCGCCCAAGUGUCCGCCGGCCGCCGCGGCGCGGCGCUAAGCGCCGGCGGGGCAGGCCACGGCUUUGCCGCACAAGGCUCCGAGCAAGAGCGCGGCCGGCAGGGCGGCGCAGCGCGCCUGCGCAGCCCCGCGGCGCCCGCGGUGGGCGGCCUGGCGCUGGGCAAUGGCAACGGCCACGCCGAGCUGCGGGCCAAGCUGGCCGAGCUGCGGGCGCGGGGCAUAGGCAGGUGGCAGGAUGCCGAGAACGAGGUGCUCAGCGCGGAGCUGUGGUGCAGGGAGGCAGGCCUUGUGGUAGAUGUCACAGCCACCCCGCACCCCAUCGACCUGUCCACGCCGCAGUUUGCAGAGGCGAGCCUUGCCCCGUUCAAGCCCAGCAACACCGAUUUCUACAAUGCAUCCCAGCACAAGCAGGGCUCAACAAAACACAAGCACCAGCACCAGCGCCAGCACAGCGCCGCGCCACCCGCCGGGCAAACCUUUGGCUUUGAGCGUACCAAGCAGGGUCGUGAGAGGCUUUGGUACCGCACCGGCGUCAAGGGCGCCAGCCUGUGGCACAUAAAGAUGGUGGUGCGGGACCUCGACAAGGAACAAACCACAGUCAACAGCGACACUGACGACGAGGACGAGGACAAGACGGUCAUCGGGACCUUCACAGGGGUGGCGCCGAAGCUUGUCGAUGCUGCGCGGCGCGCUGGGUUCCGGCUGAUGGCGGCCAUGCACGCCGGCUCCCGGCACGAGCAGGACCGGCCCGCGUUCUGGAAGAACGCUGACACUCACCUGCAGGGCGCGCACUUCCGCGGCGAAGAGACGCAGCUUGCAGACGUAAUGCUGGGGCGGGGUGCAAAGGGGAGGCGGGGCUGA